AUGUCCGCCAGUAGAGGCUCUCUGAGGCGGGAAGAAGAGCUCAUUAACGCCUUCGAAGCCGAUCAAGAGCGGAUAACCUUGACACUGUCGCGGAAGCUUGAGCAGCUUCGCAGCGAAAAGGUCCAGCUUGAGAACACGCUCGAGGCUGAGAGUGAAAGUCAGGUGUUACGACUGUCUCGUCAGUUGACCGCCCUGAGACAAGCUCAGCAGCAACAGCAGCAGCAGCAGAGCACGCAAGGCGAAGCGUCAACGUCCGGCGCAGGGACAUCCACUCUUCCACCCACCUCAAACCGGUCAGCUCUAUCCACUUCGAGAAGCAUCCCAAUCGUGGACCCUCGAUAUCCUGAUCCAGAUGCUAUUCUGGAAGCGUUGCGGCGUGAAAAUGAAUCUCUACGGCGCCGGGUCAACGAGAUGGAACGGGACUACGUCAGAGUCACCAGGCUUAACGAUAUUUACAGGGAAGAACUCAUUGAACAUCGACGGAGACUCGGCUUAUCCGUAGACAGCCUCAUCGGCUUAACAGGUCCAAGCAUCACCAACUCCCCCGCCGAAUCUCUAUCCCAGCCUAUCCACCGCCGUCCUCAGGCCGUCAACCAUCCCAAUCUCAGCUCUACUACAUCAUCAGUAGCCUCGUCCCCAGACUAUAACCCCAGCCUUCCCAAUAGAGCAACCGGAGCCACACCAAUUCCAAUCCACCGCGACAACGGCAAUCGCACCGUGGCCUCCACAGCAAUGCGACCUCUUCCUAUCCAUCGGACGAACGGCCAUACACCAUUACGACAUUCAGCCUCUAGUUCCACCUCCACAACUUCGUCAGCCACAAACUCACCCUCAUCAUCACUCCCAUCAUCCCCAUUCACUUUUUCGCCCCCAAAUCUCCGAACCCCUGAUCUCGAAUCAUACAAUACUCACGCGACUACACCCCCUUCAUCAAAUUCCCCCCUCCCUCUUCAGGCAUUCGUAUUCCAACCUCUUGGGGCACCCCAACUUAGCUAUCCCUCCGUACCACCACCGUCAUUAUCAUCUUCAGUAGGCUCGCCCGGCAUUUCUGUUUCACUGUCCCCAAGCAUCAGUCGGAGGAACUCCGUAGGCCAAGGGAAUGCACCAAAUACAAGUAACAAUGCGGCUGUGGGGCGCCGAGUCAGUGUUGAACGUGGAGCAAGAAUCGCUGAAACUGGCUCUCUGGCUGGUCGAAGGAGAGGAGGAGGCGCAAGCAUUGGCGAAUGA